GAAGGAGCGGGGCCGCCGCCGCCGGGGAGCCAGCCUCACUUCCUAGGAGUGCGGGGAGACCACAGCCUGCCGGGGGCUGCGAGCGGUGCCACAGACAGACCUCUUGGCUCCCAGAUGGCCAAUUCCCUGAACGGCCGGAACCCGCGCAAGGGACGGAUCCUGGGCUUCAUCGAUGCCAUUCAGGAUGCUGUGGGCCCCCCCAAGCAGGCAGCUGCCGACCGCAGGACUGUGGAGAAGACCUGGAAGCUUAUGGACAAAGUGGUAAGAUUGUGCCAAAACCCAAAGCUUCAACUCAAAAACAGCCCACCCUAUAUACUUGACAUUCUACCUGAUACUUACCAACAUUUGCGACUUAUACUGAGCAAAUAUGAUGACAACCAGAAACUCGCACAACUCAGUGAGAAUGAGUAUUUUAAAAUCUACAUUGACAGUCUUAUGAAAAAAUCAAAACGGGCCAUAAGACUCUUUAAAGAAGGAAAGGAAAGAAUGUAUGAAGAGCAGUCACAGGACAGAAGAAACCUUACAAAGCUGUCUCUCAUCUUCAGCCACAUGUUAGCAGAAAUCAAGGCUAUUUUUCCAAAUGGACAAUUCCAGGGUGAUAACUUUCGCAUCACCAAAGCCGAUGCUGCAGAUUUCUGGAGAAAAUUCUUCGGAGAUAAAACUAUAGUGCCAUGGAAAGUGUUCAGGCAGUGCCUUCAUGAAGUUCAUCAGAUUAGCUCUGGUUUGGAAGCAAUGGCUCUUAAAUCUACUAUUGACUUGACCUGCAAUGACUACAUUUCAAUUUUUGAAUUUGAUAUCUUCACUAGAUUAUUUCAGCCGUGGGGCUCAAUCUUAAGGAAUUGGAACUUCCUCGCUGUGACACAUCCUGGAUAUAUGGCAUUCCUGACGUAUGAUGAAGUGAAAGCAAGGCUGCAGAAAUACAGCACUAAACCUGGGAGCUACAUUUUCCGACUGAGUUGCACUCGCCUGGGCCAGUGGGCCAUCGGGUAUGUGACUGGUGAUGGGAACAUACUGCAGACCAUACCUCACAAUAAGCCUCUGUUUCAAGCUUUGAUCGACGGCAGCCGGGAAGGAUUCUAUCUGUUCCCAGAUGGACGAAGUUAUAACCCUGAUUUGACAGGAUUAUGUGAGCCCACACCACAUGAUCACAUAAAAGUCACGCAGGAGCAAUAUGAAUUGUACUGUGAAAUGGGUUCCACUUUUCAGCUGUGUAAAAUCUGUGCAGAGAAUGACAAAGAUGUGAAGAUAGAGCCUUGUGGACACCUUAUGUGCACUUCUUGUCUUACAGCAUGGCAGGAAUCAGAUGGCCAAGGCUGCCCUUUCUGCCGCUGUGAAAUCAAAGGAACAGAACCAAUCAUUGUGGAUCCCUUUGAUCCCAGGGAUGAGAACUCCAGGUGCUGCAGUAUUAUGGAUAGCUUUAGUAUGCCCAUGUUGGACUUGGAUGAUGAUGAUGAUAGAGAAGAGUCUCUAAUGAUGAAUCGUUUGGCUUCAGUCCGAAAGUGCAAUGAGAGGCAGAAUUCACCAGUGACUUCCCCAGGAUCUUCCCCUCUUGCACAAAGAAGAAAACCACUUCCAGACCCCCUGCAAAUCCCACAUCUUAGUCUUCCACCUGUACCUCCCCGUCUGGAUCUGAUUCAGAAGGGAGUAGCACGGUCACCGUGUGCCAGCCCAACCGGGUCACCAAAGUCUUCUCCCUGCAUGGUGAGGAAACAGGACAAACCUCUGCCAGCGCCGCCACCUCCCUUGCGAGACCCUCCGCCGCCGCCGCCGGAGCGGCCUCCCCCCAUCCUGCCGGACAGCAGGGCCGGCCGGCACCUGCCCCAGCCCGAGAGCCUGCCUGCCAGGGACCAGCCCCUGCCCCUCGAGGCCUGGUGUCCCAGGGACGUGUUCGGGACAGGACAGCUGGUGGGCUGCCGCGGCGCGGGCGACGCUUCCCCCAAAGCAGGACUGACCGCCGUUUCAAACGUCAACGGGAGGCACGGCCGCGUGAGUUCUGAGCUGGGCUUUGUGAGGAAGCACAGGCGACACGAGCUGCCUGCAGAAGGUGCCAAGGUUUUUCCAAAUGGCCAUCUAAUAAAUGAAGAAUAUGAUGUCCCUCCACGGCUUUCACCCCCUCUUCCCGCUGGCUCCAUCAUCCCUAGUAUAAAGUGCCCUGGUCCUUCAGCAAAUUCUCUGUCUGAUAAAUCAAGGGAACACCCAGAUGAUGAUGAUGAAUACAAAAUUCCUUCUUCACAUCCUGUAAUACUGUGUUCACAACCACCUCAUGGUCAUAAUAUAAAACCUCUUGCUCGGGUGUGUGAGAAUGGUCAAUGUGCGAAUGGAACACACGGUGCUACUUCUGAGAUAAAGAAAUCUAAACAUCCCGAAUCAGGAGAUGUCUAUGAUGCACCUACUGUUCCGGUACCUUUGCCUCCUGCACGGCCUCCUGCCAGAGACAACCCCAAACACAGCUCUUUGCUCAACAGGACACCCUCCGAUUAUGAUCUUCUGGUGCCCCCUUUAGGUGAAGAUGCAUUUGAUAACUCUCCCCCCUCACUCCCACCACCACCACCACCUGCUCGGCACAGCAUGAUUGAGCACACGAAACCUGCUGGCUCAGGGAGCCGACCCUCUUCAGGACAUGAACUGUUCCUUCAUUCUGAUCCCCAUUUCGACCCAAUAACUGGUCAUGUUCCUUUGCCACCUGCUCGGAGAGCACCUGGAGAAAAUGUCAAAACAAAUAGGACAUCUCAAGACUACGAUCAACUUCCUCCAUCUUCAGAUGGUUCACAAGCACCAGCCAGGCCCCCUAAACCACUUCCUCGGAGAACUGCACCAGAAAUACAUCACAGGAAAGCAUACAGCUCUGACAGUUCCAUGGAAAAUGUGGAUGCAAAAAUUGCAAAACUUAUGGGAGAGGGCUAUUCCUUUGAAGAAGUCAAGAGGGCACUUGAAAUUGCCCAGAAUAAUGUUGACGUGGCCCGUAGUAUUUUAAGAGAGUUUGUUUGUUUUCCUCCACCAGUCUCCCCACGUCUCAAUCUAUAGCAGCAUCAAGAUUUUCUUGGAGCGUAUGAAUUCUACAGAUACACGUGUGGAUUGGGGAAUGAGAGGAAGAACAGAGUGGAGUAUUUUUCUUCCAUCCUUAGAAGGAUGUUUGUUUCCAGCCAUUUAUCAAAGGCUCCUGGCUGCUCUGAUCAAGACUUAUAAAUAUGCUGAGGCUUAUGUAUUUUUGCUAGCCAUACUUUUUUAAAUCAGGGUUGAACUUACAAAGUAAUUUAAAAAAAGUUUACUUCCCUAGAACUUUUAAUCUGUGAAAUGCUUUUUCUUGUUUACAAGUUGGCAAGUUACAGUUUCCUAGUUUGUGCCUGUACUAUGUCCUGUUCAUAUUCCCUUGUACUUGUGGUCAGUUCUGCUGUAGCAUUCCCAACAGUUUCCAUGCUGACCACUCCAUCAACUAAAUCAUCACUUUCCAGAAAUUCUGUGUUUCUUUUGGUCGUUUUUUCUUUUACAAGAUGCUUUAAUUGUUUUUUUGCAUUUCAGCUCAUCAAAUGCAAAAAGUAUGUGGCCUUCACUACUGAUUUUUUUUUUUCUUCUGGGAUUCCUUUGCUUUUGAAAGAGGAAGUAUCUGAAUGUAAAACACAUUAUUCUGUGAACUGCCUUCUUAAAGGUAUUUUGACAGUAAUUUUGGGCAGCUUUCUGUUUAACAAGAAUUCCAUGACCUGUAGUCUCAAGGUCUUUUAUAUACAGUUUCCACAAAAAAACAUCCCAACCAACAAAUAAAACACUUCAUGCAGCAGUGAUACUGAGUUCUCACAUGUAAAAUCUCCUUCAAAUUUGAGUAUUUGAUUGCAGAUGUUCAAAAAAAGCCAAAUGCACAUGAUAAUACUGUGUUUUGAUUACACACUAAUGGCACCAGUUCUUCAUGACAAGACUAAAAGGAAUCUUUUUCAAUGAUAUUAAAGGUAUUCAGGUAAAUUCCAGUUCUAGAUUCAGUAAAGUAGAAUGCGGUUAAUGUUUUAUUUGAGUGAUUAUCCUGUGGUUCAUUGUGGCUUGGAUCAGUUUGUAUUAACUUGGAAACUUUAAA